AUGUUGUAUCAGCUACUAGUUUGCUGCGUUUGGUCGUGGUAUUUAGAAGUUUCCGCGGCUGCUAUACCAAUCAAUUAUAACAACUUUGCGGUUAUACAACCGAACACUACCAAUUUUACACAGGGAUUCCAAAAUCUCUUGCAACGAGUUCAAGUGGAAAGGAGGAUUUAUAGCUUUUUCCUGCUAAGAAACCUGCCCUCGGAUUGUGUCGACGAGCAGUUACCAUUGAAUUUCGCGUUACCAGUCCUUCAGCUGAACGAAAGCAAAACUGUGUAUGUACGCAACACUGGCAACAGCUACCUAUUAGCAGUAGUAUGCAUGAAGAGUCUUAUCAAUAAGAACUUUCUACUCAAAUUUGGUAUGGAUAUGCAACACAUACGCACGAGAAGUAUCUUGGCUAUAUACAACGAAAAUCUUGCAUCUAGUACCGAAUCUGAAAUUGUGACAUUUUUCAAAAAUUGCGAGCAGCUAAAGUUUCUAAACGUUAUACUCAUACAUCGGGAUUUCGCAACUACACACGUCUACCAUUCAUUCAACCAAUUCCCCUCUUUCGAAUUGGAAACUCGGAACAUGCGCUCCACCUCUCCCAUCUAUCCAAAUCGUCUUAAGGAUGUGGGUGGAAAGAAAUUACGUACAUUGGUUGACCAAGUUGAGCCGAUGAGCAUGUUGUUCAGGAGAAAUAAAACACUCAUUUUGGAAGGCUACAUUGGCUUCUUUCUGAAGACGUUUGCUAGGAGACACAAGUUUUCAUUAUGGUUGCCUGAGCUUUAUGAACCAACUGCAGAACAUGUGCUCUAUAUGGAGGAAAUACGCCAAGCGGCACGCAACGGUUCGAUUGAUGUAGGUGCGAGUUUAUCGACUCCUCAAAAGGAAGCAAAUUUACAUGAAUACAUCUAUCCCGUAUCGUUCUUUCAGUGGCUAACCAUGCUGCCGAUGGAGCCAACUUUGGAAAUAUUCUCCUUUUUUAUCAUGGUAUUUGAACCCCCAGUUAUAGCUACGCUCUUUACCAUUGUGUGGUUGUUAUGUGUUGUUGAUGUGAUUCAAGUAAAACUGACACUCAGAAGUUUUCGUUGGAAUCGUAAAAUGCUGUGGUUUCUUAUAAUUCCCUGGCAUUUGGAUUUGCUGCGUGGUCUUCUUUGCCAGUCCUCCUCCAUACGAUUCAACUACAUCUCUCGACGCAUCCUCUUCAUGCUAAUCUUCGCAUUAGGUGGUACCAUAAAUAGUUUCUUCUCCACGAAUUUGGUAAAUUGGUUCACAGUUCCGCCACACGAGAAACCCAUUGAGGAGUUCACACAAGUUGCUGAACGCAAUCUGAAGAUACAAGUCGCGGAACCAGAUAUAGCUGCGAUAAAAUUCUAUCGUGGUGAAGCUUUUUGGAACAAACAUAGCCAUAUUUUCAAGGUUGUGAAGACUUUUGAAGAAUAUCAGGAUAAUAUACGUAAACUGGACUCGCAAUAUGGUUACGUUAUGGCCACAAUGACAUGGCCAAUAAUUGAAGAGCGACAAAAGUAUUUUGUGCAUCCAAUAUUUCGUUUAUCGGAAAGUCUGUAUUACACAAAGGGCUCCCUACUGAGUCUACCCAUAAGUGAGAACUCGAUGUAUAAGGAUAUUUUGAGCGAUUUUUGUCUACGGUCACAAGAAUCUGGUUUAUUAAAUUUCUGGUAUAAAAAAACUUUCUUUGCGAUGGUCAAAUUAGGACGUAUUGAUCUUAAAGACCCCAGUAAUAAAUAUAAAAGCGAGAUGCUCACAUUGAAAGAGCUCGAAUGGGUGUGGCUAGCAUAUUGGGUCGGAAUAGGAUUGAGUGGAAUAUCAUUUUUACUAGAGAGGGCUUGGAAUAUACACUUACAAUAUAAUUAUUAGUAUUUUA